AUGUCGUCUCUUGCUCCUGGGAAUAUCCUUCAAGGUGCCUAUUGGAAAUACCGCAUUCUCGAUCCUAUCAAGGGAGAUAAAACGCAUCUCUCUACUGUGUUCAAGGCUGAAGUAAUAGCGGAUGAGGACGCCCAUAAAACACCUAAGUGGGCGAUCAUCAAAGUAGUUUCGACUAGUGAUCUAACUGCUAUGGAGAAUUUGGGCCGUGAAAUUCAGGCUUAUCGUCUUCCUGCUAUCGCUUCUACUAAGUGCUUCCGGAAGAUGUACGAUAUGGUCGGUAACAGCGUCAUCGCAUUGGAAUGGCUUGAAACUACUCUUGCAGAAGUAAGAUACGAGUCAACUCAAUGUAUCCCUUCUCUUGUUGUGCCUAUUCUAGAAGCAGCGCUUAAUUCCUGCGUUUUUCUCGAGGGCCAUCAAUACAUAAAUACUGACUAUAAAUCUGCUAACAUCCUGCUUUCUGGUAUUUGUUCUGGCUCUAUUACAGCUAAAGUGGGAGACUUAGGACUCGUAGUUCCGAUUGGUGAUUUUUAUAAUGUCCAGCCAUAUGCUAUGCGAGCCCCUGAAGUCUUCCUAGGCCAAGCAUGCACAGGACCAUCACAGGUCUGGGCAAUUGCCGCAAUGUUGCUUUGCUGGAUUAAGCCUGGGGUGUUAGGCGCCCAUGAUUGCCCUGAUUAUUUUAUCAACGAUUCUUGGUGUGUGGCAAAAAUCAAACAGCUCUUCCCCUCUUGGAAAAUUCCAAGUUCCGACGAGCUCCAUAGCCAUGUCCUUAAAGCUACGGUAGAGUCUGCUCAACGUUUAAGUCAGAAUAUUCCAGAGCUACAGGCAAUCUCACCUUUCAACGAAGAGAUGAAAAAUAUCGAUAUACCACAACAGUUAAGGGAUCUUCUUCGUUUCAUGUUAGCGCCUAAUCUAGUCGAAAGGCCCUCUGCCUCAUGUGUGCUUUCAUCGAGGGAGUUUCGAGAGUUAAAGAAAUUAUGUCUUAAUUAA